AUGUAAAGAUACAUGUAGAUUUUCUCUCGGCAUAGGUAUACAGGGUAUACAGUAAUACAUAUUUAUAUUAUAUAUUUAUUUACAGCAUUUACAGUAAUACAUAUGUAUAUUAUAUAUUUAUGUAUUACUGUAUAAUAUAUAUUAAAGCUGCUCAGUGCUCAGUCGAUUUUGAUGACAUGUAGUACACAUGUUUUUCUACUUAUAUAUAUGUAUGUAUAACCUUUAAAACAUUCUUCAGUAUCUUACUUAAAAUUCUUUAGUUCAAAAUUUAUAUUUGAAAUAAAUAAACGAUGGAAACUGUAAGACCUUGUGGAUGUAAAGGUAUAAGGACUUGUCUAAUUUGUGAAGAGGAAUAUAAAAUUUUUAAAUCCAAUCCAUUUGAAGAAUUACGAAAAUUACCUAGCUACGUUUAUUGUCCUGAAUGUGAUCAAGCUUGGCCUGGAUGGGAUAUCAAUAUAUACAAAGAACAUCCAAAUCAUACUGGAAAUCCUAUAUAUUAUUCUGGAGUUUAUAUUAAGUUAAAUUUUUUAAGCGAAAAAGAAACAAAUAAUCUGAUAACAGAUAUUGAUAAUUUACCAUGGGAUACUUCUCAAAGUGGAAGAAGAAAACAAAAUUAUGGACCUAAAUGUAAUUUUAAAAAACGUCGACUUAGUCUUGGAAAUUUUAAUGGUUUUCCGAUUACUACGAAAUUUAUUCAAAAAAAAUUAUCACAAGUUCCACUUUUAGAAGGGUUUAAAACUAUAGAACAGUGUAGCUUAGAAUAUACUCCAGAACGUGGGGCUUCUAUUGAUCCUCAUAUUGAUGACUGUUGGAUUUGGGGUGAAAGAAUCGUUACAGUAAACGUAACUGGAGAUUCUGUACUUACUAUGUCUCCUUAUCAAGGAUCCACUACACGUUAUAACCUAGAUCAUGUUUCCACUUAUUCUUCAAUUGUGCCACAAAUCUAUUGCAAUGGUAAAAAUGUUGAAACGGUACCAGAGAAUGCGGUAAUUCGAUUGCCAAUGCCUGCUAAAUCUUUAAUAGUUUUAUAUGGUAAUGCAAGAUAUAAUUGGGAACAUGCAGUAUUACGAGAGGAUAUUCAAACUCGAAGAGUAUGUAUUGCUUAUCGAGAAUUUACACCACCUUAUCUUCCUCUUGGACUGCAUAGUGAUAAAACUGAAGAAAUUUUAAUGAAAGCUCAAAAUUUUUGGUAAUUAAGGGUACAUAGAAUAUAUUUUAUCAUCUCUCACUUUUGAACUUCAAUACAGUAGACUCGGGUUAUAAGUUACAUCGGACGCUCUACUCACUCACGUCAAUUUCAUUUUUUCCUCUAAGUAAGAGUACAGACAGAAACAUUGCUUAUAACUAGAGUGUACUGUAUAUGUUUAAUGUAAAUCUGAAUUCAUAACUAAAAAUAAUAGUAUCUGAUUACAGAAAAAAAAUAUUAACCUUUGUAAAUUAUUAAUAUUUCAAUUUUUAACUGUCGCAGUCUGUAAAGAAAUGAAUUUUCAAGGAUAUUUUCAAAAAUUGAAAUUUACUAAAUACAAAAAGAGAAACCAUAUUUUAAACAAUUAUAAAUGAUAUUUUAAUAAUAAUUUAAUUUUUGACAAAAUUAGAUAAAUUUAUUGUUUUACAUAUUGAUAAUUUAAUAUGAAUUAGGACAAG